AUGGCAGAUACAAUCUCUGAUUAUCAAGCUGUUAAGCGAGAAAAUACAUUUUUAAAACAAGAAAAUGAUCUACUGAAGUCGCUAAAUAAUGAAUUGAAAUGCAACAAUGAUCUUUUGAAGGAAAAACUGGUACCUCAUAAUUUCAAUAUGAAUAACGGAGUGAGUACGAAUACCUUAUCUUAUCAACAUAAACCGGCAGGUUCUUAUAGCAGUGCACUAAAAACUAUAAAUAACAAACCUGGUUUAUUAAUAAAAUCAAAAUCACAGAGUCGUGCCAUUAGCAACAUCGAUAUUCUAAAAGAUGUCCAAUCUAAUAUUAAUCCCGUGGAUCAAAAUGUGAAAAUUGAGGGUGUGCGUAAGAUAAAAAAUGGAAUUAUUGUCAACUGUGAAAAUGAUACUUCUUUAAACAAUUUAAAAUCGUCUGUUCUUAAUAUCUUUGGUUCUAAAUAUUCCGCAGAACCAGUAAAAAAAUUUAAUCCUCGUAUUGUUUUAAAAGAUGUGGAUCUCCAAGACUCUCAUAAAGAUGAAGACAUCAUAAAUGAAAUUUUUUCAUUAAAUGAUUUAGAAGACUUCAGUCAAACUGAAUUAAAAAUUGUCACAAAACUAAAAUUUUAUAAUAAUAUAAAUCUAGUUUUAGAACUAACACCUUCUUUAAGAAAUUUCAUUUUUACAAAAGGAUUUUUAUAUAUCGGAUGGAAAAAAUGUUAUUUUAGCGAUCAUAUCAGAAUUUUGAAGUGCAAAAAAUGCUUGUCUUUUGGUCACAUAGAAAAAAAUUGUAAUUUUGUACAAAAAUGUGGGACGGCGCGGCGCUUGGAAUUCGGCACAGAAACAGGAUAUUUAUAA